CAAAUGCUGUUGGAUAUAUUUAAUAAAGCGUUCAACGAAGAAACGGUACCAACAGAUUGGGACGAGGGAUUAGUAGUACCAAUAUUUAAGAAAGGAGACCCACACGACUGCGGCAAUUACCGGGAGAGAAGGUUAAGAACGAUAAUCGAAACAACUCUAAGCGAGCCACAAAGCGGAUUCAGACCAGGCCGAAGUGCCCAAGACCACAUAUUCACCAUAAAGCAAAUUAUUCAAAAGACGGCACAAAAGAAAAGUAAUGCAUGUUUCGCCUUUAUAGACUUAGAAAAAGCGUUUGAUAAGGUGCCUCGCAAGAAAGUUUGGAAAAUUUUGUAUGAGAAAAUGGAAAAUUAAUAAGAGUAGUACAAAGUUUAUAUCAGAAUAGUAAGAAUCGUGUCAUAAAAGGAAAUCUAAAAUCAGAAAGCUUUACGACCAAAGCAGGAUUGCGGCAGGGAGGAGUCAUGAGUCCCCUAUUAUUCACCAUAUUUAUGGACAACAUUAUCAAACGGUGUCAAAAAAAGAUAAAUAAAAAACUACACGUCGGAUACAAAAGCAUGACAAGAAUAGAGAUUGCAGCAUGUGCAUUCGCAGACGAUAUUGUAAUUACUGCCAAAAACCAAAAGGACCUUCAAGACAACUUGGACGUUUGGAAUAAAA